AUCAUGUUUCGUUAGUAUUCAUAUAUCAAUAAAAAAGUUUGCACAUUUUAUCACAAACGAAAUCAUUAUUUGAAAGUAUACUGUGUGGUAGAAUUCUCGCUGUUUUAGUUUCAUAGAAAACAUUGAUAAUAUUCAUAACAACAUAAACAAUUUGGCUUCUACUUCACUCACAGAAGAAAUGAAUAAUUGACUUAUAUGAUUAGUACUUCGUUAUAAAUAUAGAAGAUAUAAAAGUAUUUAAAUGAAAUUUAUAUACAAGGCGUCCAAGUUUCUAUAGAGGAUGAUGAUUUGCAGAAUAUGUAUCAAGAACCAUUUAAGAAAAAUCGUAAUAAUAUAUAUUUAUACCAGAUAAAUUGUCUUCCAUUAAAUAAAUAUAAAAGUUUGGUGUAUAUUUUGUGGAGAUUAAAUCUUUAUUGAUAUGAAACAUUAUAUUUUGUAGCAUAUCACUAAAGGCAGUUUCAUGUGCGCACCUAACAAUGUGUUCACCAGCCACGUAAACUAACGUGACUAUAUCAAUACAUGAGACAGUUGAACAUUAUUAUUUAAUAAAUAAAAAUGGCUGUGUUAUGGGAAGUAUACUUUCUGACAAUAUCAACGUUAUUAUUUGUACUUUGUGUACAAAGUUUGCAAAGUUUAGAAGUAAUAUAUGCAAUAAAUGCUGGUGGAGAAGCACAUACUGAUAGUUAUGGAAUUCGUUAUACCAAAGAUCCUUUAAUGAGUAAAGUUGGAACAGGAUCCGAUUAUGGCAAGCAGUUAAUUAUUGGACGAGUAAAUGCAGUUGAUCAGAUCUUAUACCAAACUGAACGAUAUCAUCAUAGUACAUUUGGAUAUGAUAUUCCAAUCAGCGAGGAUGGAGAUUAUGUUAUGAUAUUAAAGUUCUGCGAAGUUUAUUUCAACUCUCCUAAUAUGAAGGUGUUUGAUGUUGUAUUAAAUGGAGAUCAUACCGUUGUUACUGACUUAGAUAUCUUUGAGAGAGUUGGACGUGGUGUAGCACAUGAUGAAUAUAUUCCAUUUAAAGUUCAAGCUGGGAAAUUAAUAUACAAUGAUGAAGAGUCCGAUAUAUUAGCUGGAAAAAUUAGAGUUGAAUUUAUAAAAGGUUACAGAGACAACCCAAAGAUAAACGCUAUUGCUGUAGUAAAAGGAAAUAUAGAAGAUGUACCACAGUUGGGCCCGAUUCCUCAAGAACCGGAAGAAUAUCACAAUAUACAAGAAGAUGAGGAGGAGUCUACAGUUCGUAGUCGACAUACAAGUGGCCCCAGAACUCCAGAUCCUUAUUCAAUCGAUGAUUCCUCAGUAAUGUUACCAGUCUUUGUAGCUCUUGGGGCAUUUAUUCCUUUACUAUUUUGCCUAUGUAAACUAUAGGCUAAGUAAAAAUUUUUGCACAUGAAUGCCUUGUACUUAAAGACGAUAGUGUUCUAAUCAGUUUAGGUAAAUUUAGCACAUGGAGAGUUGGCAAUAUAUAUAUGUAUAUGUUGGCCGUGUAAAUAGUGGGAACAUUUUUGAUUUUGAGCUAUGUCAUCGAAUUUCAUUACAGCUGUUUAUUAUUAAUUUAAUCGAAUGAAAAUGACUAAAUAUGUUUUUAUACAAUGGAUAAUUCAAAUUAAGAAUGAAAUUAAGAACUUGGGAAGACGAGGAGUUGUUUAGUCAUGACUUUUGUUGUCAUUAUAAUGUGUUCAUUCGUAAGUUAUUUAAUUUUUAACUAUAGGAGUGGAAUAAUAGUUUGCACAAAAGUUGACACGUGUUAUCUUUUUCUUUUUAUAUAUAAUUCCGUGUACUCUUAAUACAUUAAAGAUAUAUAUUUAUUAAUUUUAGAAAGGCUUGUAAUCUAGUAUUUAUGAAGGAUUACAUCGAAUUCUGAUUGUAAUUGUUUUUUAGAAAUAAUAUUAUAGAAAAAAACGGAGGGAAAGUAAUAUAUAUAAGAGUAUGCAGUACAAUAAACCUAAAUAUUUUGUUCAAAUAAAUGUGUUUAAAUUUAGUAUAAAUUCACACACAAUGUUACAAUCGAAUUUUGUAAUUGAUAUAUUGUAGCAAGUGAAUUAAAUUAUUUCAAUUAGA